AUGGUGCUCCAACAACGCCCGAAGCUCUCCGAGACCGUCCGGGAUGCGAGCCACCAAGCCGUACAUCCUGCCCAAGUCUUCGUCCUUAUCGUCAUCCAACAACUGCUGGAACUCAGAAUGGAACAACUCCAGAUGCUUCUGGAUCAGGACUCGUUCGCAGUGUUCCCUCCAAACUAUUUUGUGUCAAAAAUUUCAAAAGAGACAGAGUUCCAUGUAAAUCUCGGCAAUCAUUCCGUGCAUAAAUAA